AUGGAUGCCGGCGCCUUCAACCAUCUGGGCAACCAUCUAAUCUCCGAUUCUGCCGACACGAUCAAGGCUGAUGGGGCAGAUGAGCUCUCUAAUAUCGACCCAGACGAAAGCUUACUCUACGGCAAAUAUGGCGGACGCGGCGGCCUCGGCAACGCCCGCAGACGCAACGACGACGAUGACAACGAAACGGAGGUUUUCGACGAUGACGACGACGAGAGCCUUGCGAGUGCGGCCCUCGGGGGAAUGAAGAGGCUGAAUCUAAGAAGACCCGAGGAAGAGAAGGAGCUGCCUGCUCACGCUUGCGCAUACUGCGGAAUUCACUCACCAGCGUCUGUUGUCAAGUGCCUCGGCUGCAAUAAGUGGUUUUGCAGCGCCCGUGGAAACGCUACGUCUUCUCACAUUGUCAAUCACCUGGUCCGCGCGCGACACAAGGAGGUUCAAUUGCAUCCUCAAUCGGCUCUUGGCGACACAGUCUUGGAAUGCUACAACUGCGGAACGAAGAACGUUUUCCUGCUGGGAUUCAUCCCCGCCAAGUCCGACACAGUCGUGGUGCUGCUGUGCCGACAGCCAUGCGCCGCUAACACUUCUUCUAAGGACAUGAGCUGGGAUAUAUCGAGAUGGCAGCCCCUCAUCGAGGACCGAUCCUUCCUAAGCUGGCUCGUGGCCCCACCAACUGAUGCUGAGCAGCUCCGUGCUCGACAUCUGACACCUCCAACCAUUGCUAAGUUAGAAGAGAUGUGGAAGGCAGAUGCCAAUGCGACCGUGGCAGACCUCGAGAAGAAUGCAAGCGUCGACGAUGACCCGCACCCUGUACUUCUCAAGUAUGACGACCCUUACCACUAUCAAAAUAUUUUUGGUCCUCUUGUGAAGAUGGAGUCCGAUUACGAUAAGAAACUCAAGGAAGCGCAGUCCGAGGAUGGCCUGGUUGUCAAGUGGGAUUAUGGUCUUAACAACAAGCACUUGGCGAGCUUCAUUCUCCCAAAGAUUGAGUCCGGAGAUGUCAAACUAGCUGUUGGUGAUGAGAUGCGUCUUAAGUACAAAGGCGAGCUUCGACCUCCGUGGGAAGGUGUCGGAUAUGUCAUCAAGAUCCCGAACAACCAGUCAGAUGAAGUCACUUUGGAAUUGCGCAAGGGUGGAAGCGACAAGUCGGUUCCUACCGAGUGCACCCAUAACUUCUCGGCAGAUUACGUUUGGAAGGCUACGUCUUACGACCGUAUGCAAGUUGCCAUGAAGACUUUUGCCGUCGACGAGCUGAGUGUAUCGGGCUACAUCUUCCACAAGCUUCUUGGCCACGAAGUUGCCGUUGCGCCAAUGAAGACACAAAUGCCCAAGAAGUUCAGUGCCCCUGGCUUGCCUGACCUGAAUAACAGCCAAAUCAAUGCCAUCAAAGCUGUCCUUUCGACACCGCUCAGUCUCAUUCAGGGACCACCCGGAACCGGCAAAACGGUUACAUCUGCGACGAUUAUUUACCAUUUGGCCAAGAUGAACAACAGCCAGGUUCUUGUCUGCGCUCCUUCCAACGUUGCUGUGGACCAGCUUUGCGAACGUGUCCAUCGUACAGGUUUGAAGGUUGUUCGACUCACCGCAAAGUCCCGUGAGGAUGUCGAGUCGUCCGUCAGCUUUCUUGCUUUGCACGAGCAAGUACGUAUGAAUGAUACCAAUGUCGAGCUCAUGAAGCUCGCUCAGCUCAAGCAAGACGCUGGUGAACUCUCAUCUCAAGACGAGAAGAAAUUCAAGCAACUCACCAAAGCGGCCGAGCGCGAGAUUCUCAACAAUGCUGAUGUUGUCUGCUGUACUUGCGUUGGAGCGGGCGAUCCUCGACUAUCAAAGAUGAAGUUUCGAAACGUUCUGAUUGAUGAGUCUACUCAGUCCGCCGAACCUGAGUGCAUGAUUCCUCUCGUUCUAGGUUGCAAGCAAGUCGUACUUGUGGGUGACCACAAGCAGCUGGGCCCUGUUAUCAUGAACAAGAAGGCUGCCAAGGCUGGAUUGAACCAGUCUCUCUUCGAGCGUCUUGUGAAGCUGAGCUUCGUGCCUAUUCGUCUGAAUGUCCAGUACCGAAUGCAUCCAUGCCUUUCAGAAUUUCCCUCGAACAUGUUCUAUGAAGGAUCUCUUCAGAAUGGUGUCACUAUUCAGCAACGACUCCGCCGUGACGUCGAUUUUCCCUGGCCCGUAGCGGACACACCUAUGAUGUUCUGGUCUAAUCUGGGCAACGAAGAAAUUUCCGCCUCCGGAACAUCGUAUCUGAACCGAACAGAAGCAUCCAAUGUUGAGAAGAUCGUAACACGCUUCUUCAAGGCUGGAGUGAAACCAGGCGACAUCGGCGUUAUUACUCCAUACGAAGGCCAACGAAGCUACAUCGUUAGCACCAUGCAGAAUACCGGAACCUUCAAGAAGGAGAGCUACAAGGAAGUUGAGGUUGCUUCAGUCGAUGCUUUCCAGGGACGAGAGAAGGAUUUCAUUGUUCUCUCUUGUGUUCGAUCCAACGAUAACCAGGGCAUCGGUUUCCUUUCUGAUCCUCGCCGCCUCAAUGUUGCGCUUACCCGAGCGAAGUAUGGCGUGGUCAUCAUCGGAAACCCGAAGGUUCUCUCCAAGCACGAGCUGUGGCACCAUCUCCUCGUUCACUUCAAGGACCGCAAGUGCCUUGUGGAAGGCCCUCUCACCAACCUCCAGACAUCUUUACUGCAAUUCGGUCGGCCCAAGACAAGCUAUCGUCCUCAGCGCUUUGCACAACAACAGCAGCAGCAACAGCAACAGCCGCAGCAGUAUGCUUCUAGUAGCUACUCGAAUGGACGUUUCAACGGUGGCAUGAACGGCUCUGUUCGAGACUUCGACUCAGGCUCGAUGAUGUCUUACAUCCCUGAUGAUGUCUCGUCUAUUCACAGCUCUGCUCUGGGUGGUGCUGGGAUCAGUUCCGCUUACCCUCACAUGUUCUCCAACUUUAGUCCUGAACAGUGGCCCGGACUCCCUGGGGUCGGCCCAGCUGGUCGCUCAGGAGCCAAGAGUCGCGGCCGUGCUACUGAGAGCAUUGCAGGAGAGAGUGUUGCGAACUCUGAGUUUACCGAUGCCAGCUCCAGCAUAAUUGGUGGCAAGGGUGUUGGACAAGGUGGCGCGAGUCUCGGAGCGGGAUUACAGGAGGCAAUCGGUGCUUCACGACCAACUUCCUAUAGCCAAAGCGACCGAUUGAAGCAGUACGUCGAGAGUGGUGGACGGAUGGGUCCAGGCAAUGGAUUUGGUCGCCGGUAUGAUGACGAUGAGAAGAGCGUUAGCACGGCCUUCGCCAGCCAGAUCGGCGGCUCGGGAUACGACUGA